GGCGUGGGCGUGGGCGUGGGCGCGUCGCUGGAGGGCGAGGGCCCCCGCCCGUGCCCGGGCCCGCCCCCGCGCCCGGAGCACGCCGCGCUGGUGGCGCUGUCGGCGGGGCCGGCGGACGCGGCGUCGGCCGCCAUGGCGGCGGGCAUGGGCGCGGGCGCCGGCGCGGGCGCCCCUGCCGGCACGCGGCUGCAGCUGCGCUGCCGCGCGGGCUACCGCGACCCCUCGGCGCCCUGCGCCGACUUCCCGCUCGUGUGCGAGGACGGCGAGUGGCGCGGCCGCCUGCCCCACUGCGAGCCUGCUGACGGGUGUCCGCCGCCACCUGCCUCCCCACAUGCGGCCCCUCUGGGCCUAUCGACAGAUGGGCGCUAUGCCCCACGGGCCCAAGUGGCAUACGCUUGCCUGCCAGGCUACGCCCUUCAAGGCCCUGCCUUGCUCACCUGCGCUCCCUCUGGAUGCUGGGAGCCCCAGCCGGCACAACCUGUCUGCAAGCUGGAUCCACGACUUUUCGUGAGCCCGCGCACGCUGGCGGACUACCUGAGCACGAGCAGCAUCCUGCUGGUGUCGGCGGCGACGGUGCUGGGCGUGAUGCUGCUGCUCCUGGGCGUGUGCGCGCUGGUCGUGUGCCGGCGCGGGAAAGCUGUGACGGCGGCGGCGCGGGCGUGGGCGUGGGCGGGCGAGGCGGCGGCCGGCCCUGGCUGUCGCUGCAGCAGCCGGGCAGUGGCGCGCGGCGGUGGAGCCGCCGGGGCGGCGCCGCCGCCGCCCCCGCCGCCCCCGCCCGCCGCCGGCGUCCGCCGCGCCGCGCCGCCGCCGCCGCGGCCGCGCACCGCGCCGCCGCCGCCGCGGCCGCUGCCCGCCUGCUCGACCCCGACCGCGUGGCGCUCAUCGCAUACGCCGACGGACAGCUCUCCGAGUUCGAACAUUCUGAGUUCCGCUCGUUCAUUACCUCUACUUUUCAGUGUAUCCUCUACGGGUGACCCACUUCGAUUUAAGUUUAUCUCCAUACCAACUUACGUACCUCCCGAAUUGCCUUCGCGUCCCACCACCCACAAGCGACCCACCCGUCCAAGAUCUGGACCGGAACAAAACACGCCUUGUCUACUCCUGCAUCCCACCAAUACGUGCAACCCGCGCAUCGCGGACGCCGAGCGGGUUGCCUACCGCGCCGGCGCGCUCGACCCGCGCUACUCGGGGGGAGGGGGGGGGCAGCAGACGAAUGGGCGGGCGGCGCGGCGAGAGGCCGCCCAGAAGCAUGCCGGGCGAUCCAGCGGCACCGGGCGGGCGAUGGCUCACGGCAGUCACGUGGCCGGGGCGGGGGAUAAAAAUCGGCGGGCGGGCGGGCGAGCGGGCUCAAGGGCGGCGGGGUCGAAGGUCGCGCGAGAUACGAAGAGCAACGGCGAGCGUUCGUCCGGGUGC